GCAGUGCGCGCAUGUCAGCUGUUAUUCGUCUUCAAAAAAAUUUUAAAAUUCGAAUUUUUCAAUUGAAUUCGGCAUGGAAAGAAGCUUCAACUCUUCCUUCUCUACCAGAAGUCCAUUUUCUCCCCGCCCUCGACAAAAUCUCAGCGCCAAGAAAAUCAUUCCAUCUAGUUUCCGAAAAUCAUCCCGUUUCAGCGUAUCAGGAAAAUCAACCCAAUCGGUGCAAAUAAUUCUAUCAACACCUUACAAUUACGUUGAACGUUUCGGACAGCCCCUUCCAGUUCUUAUAACUGAAGCCCUCACAUUUGCUGACAGAAAUACUGUCGUAUCAGCACGAAUUUCCAAACACGGGUACCUCUGGGUAGUUUGCGGACGUCGUUUACUGAUCUGGCAAUACCGCCAAAGCCCCGUCUUACUCGACACACCAUCAAAAAAGACAAGUUUACUAAACCAGUGCUUUGAAUUACAACUUCCCCAAAGCGACUUGGCCCACAGAGCUGAAUUGGUAUCAGUGUUCUUAAAUGCAGACUCAAACACACCUUCUUGUAUCGCCGUUUCUCCAGAAGGGGUAGUGCGCUACUGGCCGGCAAUUGUCCACGAAGGGAUCUCUGUGGAACAGCACGUCAACCUACAAGGCCAAGAAUGCGACAGUCUAACCGACGUAGAGGGCCUCGGCUGCAUACUGGCAACUACUACUUGCACUGUUUUGUUGCUCCAGCCACAGUUAAACGGCGGGAGACACACUUUGAAAUGCAAAACACUUAGAAUACCAACUGGCUGGUUAGGGGGCAUUAGUAAAAGAAUGUCGAGUCUGAUUUUUGGGCCAAUCGCCAGCGAAAGCUCGGCUGAAAGUGGAAUUGUGCGCGUUAUGAGCGUUUCUAACACAACUGGUGACGCAUGGACGGUCUACGUUCUAGCCGACCACAAUCUGCAAAAGUGGCAACUGUCCAAAAACGACGAAGAGUUGAUAUUUGUCGCGGAAUUAAACCGGAUAGUCAGGGAUAGUUUUCGUAGCGCCCUCUGGGAGAAUUGUGUGGGCGACCAAACCGAAAUCGACACGUGGCUACUUGACAUCCAAUCGGACAAAGACAGCGUUAUAGUAUUAGCAGCAGCGGUUAAUAUUCCGAUUUCACCCAGGGUACAUUAUGCGAUGAUAAGUCUACAAACAAACACGAAUCAAGCACCCACAGCUGUCAAAGAUUUUCUUCUGCUGAAAAUUACAGACUUGUAUCGGGAAAACAACCCGGGUGAUUCACUAUCAUAUCGUUUCCUUUUAUGUGGCAUUAAUGCGUAUUUAUAUAACCAGAAACAUAUUACUGUUAUCAAACCUCAAGAAGAGCCUGACAUUUUAGAGUUUAACACACCUCAAGAUUUCUUAUUGGCGGGUUCGAUUUGUGUCAACACUCCUAUAUUUUUCUCCAGAAAUCAUGGCUUAGUCGCUAUAGCGAGUAAUGAUAUGUCAAAUGACUUAAAUCUGAGUCUCACAUGCCCUAAUACUCCUGUGGACACAUCAUUUAAUGAUAAUGUCGUUGUUAACAAUCUCUCCAUUUAUAAUAUGGACCCUGAGGAGAUUUCCGUCGUUUAUAAAGACACAGUGAGUCAAUUAAAGGCCGCUUUUAUUUUUCGAAUACAAAACCAGGAGCAAGCAUGUAAAGAUAUCAUCGACGAGUUGUUCCCUCCAGACGCGUCCAAACUCCCAGGAAUCGACUCUUUACUUGAUAAAGUCGUAAUAAUGAUGGGCACAGAUUUAAUCGACGACACUCCAGCCGGCGAUCCUCGAUGGUCCAAGGACCAUCAAGUCGGUCUCGGCAGUUCGUACUCGAUGCAAGUCCUAGACCAAUUAAAAAACAAACAAAAAGCACUUUCAUUGUUUAUUAAAUUUCUCAAAGAGUCAGGAUUGUGGGCCCAAUUAUCCGCAUCAACAAUUCGUAACACUACAACAGCAACAACUUACAUCAUAGGCGAAUUAUCCGAAAAAAUCGUAGCUGCGAUUAGUCUCAAAACGGCUGCUAAUAGUCAUGUUUUGGAAAAAGCCAUUGAAAAAGCGACGACCGAGUCUGAAACCAGGCCGGAAAAUGGGUUAACCUACCAAGAUGUGUUUUUCCGGGAGAUCAGCCAAGUGCAUAAGGGUGUACAAGAGAUGGUAAAUUAUUGUGAAGAUAUGUCACAUUCCAACAUGAAUCCGACUCAAAUUGUUGAUAUGAUCCACGAAGCAAAUGACAUUAUUUUGGGUGCGUUUAAAAGCGUGAUCAACUUUAGAGAACAGAAUGUGAUGAGUUACAAGCCGUCGGAAGCAGUCAUUGCCAUAGCCCCCGAUUUUUUGCCAUGGACUGCGGCUAGUGGGUCGGAGGGACUGUUCAAUUAUCUAUCCCAAAUGCAUUAUCUCACAUACAACUACGGAAUAAUUUUGACAAGCAAAGAGCGCCUAAAGACCGAUCUUCUCGAACAACUGGUCUCCAUCACCGACAUAAUCCUAGACGGUCGAAAAAGUCAUUUAGAAAGCAUCAAAGGAACCUCUUUGGAAGAAAUUAUUUACAAACAAUACUGCUCUGAUCGCCAAAAAUUCAUGAGACCAUUUAUACAGGAAAAAGACUGGGAGAGAUGUGCCAAACUUGCCGAAAAAUACCUCGAUUUCGAGACACUUAUGAUCCUUUGUGAAUCGACGGGUAAUCAACGCCGACUCGACGAUUAUUUGGAACGGUUUAGCAAUGAGGGAUUUUCCGAAUUCGUCUACAAUUGGUUUUUAAAAGAGAACAAACAAGGCAAAUUGAUUGACAUGUGCAAACACGUCGGCAAAUCGAAAAACAUUCAAAAACUCACAAAUUUCCUGUCGGGUCAUCCAUCACUGUCGUGGAUGCAAGAGAUUUUCGAUAAGAAGUACAACCAAGCGGCAAACACCUUGCAAAACUUGGCUUUAAACGAGACAGAGUCGGUAACAAGGCAAAAAACAAUGUUCAGUUUGUGUAAACUGGCGAAAUUGGCUUCAGGACCUGUUAAUGAGGAGUUUUUAAAGAAUGUUCAAUCGAGAUUGGAUUUGAUUGCAUAUCAGGAGGAUAUCCCGGAUUAUGUUUUGCAACAGUUUGGAUAUGAUCCGAUUCAUAUUCGCGUAAUUCCGCCAAAGGAUUUGAUUAAUCUCUAUAUUUGUAAAGAAUAUACAGAAGCUGGAGAAUUGGAGUUUAAGAAAGCGCUCGAUUUGUUAGCAUUCAUCGACGAUGAAGAGUUGAGACAAGAAAUGUCAUUAAAAAUUUGGAGAUACGCGUUAUUAAGGGAUUUAUGGGACCACGAAAAUUUGGAUAGCCCUAUGGAAAUUCUACAAAAUAAACUGUUCUUCAAAUUAGUUGACCUAGCCAUGGAUUUGGACGGAGAUGGAUGGAAUCUUCUCCCGCCCUUGGAUACACUGCUAGGUGACGACUCUUUAGGGGACUUACGAAAUAACACCAAUUUCCAGUUUUUGUUAAAAACAGGUUACGAACAUAUUUAUAAGUCACAAACUGUAGAUUAAUUUUUUUUUACAAUAAAUCAUUUUAUAUGAA